GACCACUUUGCGACAGCGUUAGGGUAUGCUGCAUGCCCUUGAUGGAUGUCCCUUUCUGAUGGCGGGCAACCUACAACCUGGCGGCGCGUCAGCUGCUCGUUGUGCAAAUUCUGCACAAUGGAAUGGCCGAGAAGGAAAAGAAAGAGGAUUGCAGGAUGAAAGAGGUUGAAGACAAGAUGGAGGAGCUGCAAAGCUGUGUGCGCGGGACCCACUGGGCUUUGGCAGUGCGACAGUUCCAAGAAAGGAGUUGUGCGGAUGACCUCCGCACGCGGGUGGUGGUCAUCGGAGCCUGUGGGAAGAAAGGGCAGUGGCCACAGGCCUUGCAGCUCUUAGCUGAUGUCUUCCACAACUCCUUGGAGGCGAACAUCUUCCUCUACAGUGCUACAAUCAGCGCUUGCGAGAAAGGUGAUGCCUGGGAGCAUGCCCUUAUGUUGCUGGUAGAUGUUGUGCAAUCAAUGCGACCAGAUGUGAUCAGCUUCAACUCUGCCAUCAGCGCUUGCGCACGGGGUGGGCAGUGGAUCCAGGCGCUACAACUUCUUAAUUGGAUGGAAAAGGAUGAUUUGUCUCCAGAUGUGAUCUCGCUCAACUCUGCAGUCGCUGCAUGUGACCGAAGUCAGCAGUGGGAAUUGGCAUUAGAGCUGUUUGACGAAAUGAGUCGAAGAAAGCUGGAGGCCACCAUCAUCAGCUACAACACUGCUGUGAGUGCUUGUGGCAACAGUGCGCAGUGGCUUUUGGCCCUUCAGCUUUUCGACAUGGCUCAGGACCAAGGGCUGGAAGCCACAGUGAUGUCCUUGACAGCUGCCAUCGCAGCUUGUGACGCAGGCGGUCAGUGGCAAGCAGCACUUUCGCUUCUGGCACGGGUGCCGUGCCUGGCAGUGUGCAAUGCGGCCAUCAGCGCUUGUGGCAAUAGCUGGCAAUGGCAGCAAGCACUGAAGCUUUUUUCGGAGCUCCACUCCAAGCAGCUACAACCGGACAUCAUCACGUGCAGUGCAAUGAUAAGUGCCUGCGAGAAAGUAGCAGAGUGGCAACUUGCCUGUCAUUUCUUCGAAGAGCUAUCGACAGAGACGCUGCGGCCCAACAUCAUUUCAGUCGGAGCUUUGAUUAGUGCUUUUGAAAAAGGUGGUGAAUGGGAACAUGCGCUACUGCUGCUUUCCAGUUUGGAAGACUUGACUGUGAAAGCCAACGAGAUUGCCUACAAUGCUGCCAUCAGCGCAUGUGAGAAGCGAGGGCAAUGGCAAAUGGCAUUGGUACUGCUCCAAGAAGGGAUACCGCGCCACAUGGCAGACGUGAUCUCCUACAGUGCAGCCAUCAGCGCCUGCCAGGAGGAAGGCAAGUGGCGACAUGCACUCGAGCUCCUUGAUGCCAUGCUACAAGACUUUGGCCCUUCUUUAGUGGCCAUUUCGGCUGCUUGCAGCGCGUGCGCCAAAGCCUUCCAGUGGCAAACAGCUGUGGCCCUGUUCUCACAGCUUCGCGGUAGCUCCCUCACUCCCUCCAUCGCCAGCUAUGACGCCGCACUGGAGGCCCUCCACCGAGGGUUGCAGGCACAGAAAGCAUUGAAGCUGUUUGGAGAGCUUCAAAGAGAGCGCCUGGAGGCAGACUCCUUCCUGUACAAGUGCAUGGUGAGCUUGUGUGAGAAGAGCCGCAGUGGAGAGAAAGCAAAGAAGCUUUUGAUGAAGCUGGAGGAUAUGGCCACUAUAGCCAUGUGCUUCGAGAGGUUCAAAAAGCUUGCCUUAGCUUUGCACAACCUGUAACAUUUCUUCGGCACAAAAUCGAAUUGAUGACUUGGAGACAAUAUAUAAUAUGAC